AGGGAGAGGUGAGCAGAGCACGGCACGUCGCACAAUCAACUGAAUCCAUCUUAGAAAACAACUCGCAGGGAGUCCGAGGCUCUGAGCUGCGCGCUGCCACUAAAAGGCAAGUUUGAGCCCCCGACUUUUUUUCUUUUCCUUUUUUUUCCUUUUUUUUUUUUUUUUUUUUUUUUUUUUCCUUUUAGAGCGCAUCGUCGGAAGACGCAGCUGGUCGUCAUGACCCGGGGCGGAUCGGGUGGAGAGCGCGUCCUCACCGUGCGGGCAGAGCGCGGAACGGGAGCAGUGCCUAGUGCCGCUUUCUUGGCUCCCUAUGCGCCGCAGACUGUUCUGAGUUAAAGCGGAGGAGCUCCCAUAUGAAGCACCGGGAAGCUCGGAAAGCCGAGCAAACACGUACAUACACAAUUUAAAGAAAAAAAAGUGCGGACGGACGCGCGGCCACAACUCGAGGGGGGGACCCAUGCAAGGCAAAAUGCUGUUCUGUAGACUCGAUGGGUUUAAGCUGCUGACCGGAGCCGACUCUAACCAGCGUUGCCGAAGAGACCUUUACGCACGGUCAUACAGCUGGACCGCAUGAAGGACUUAAGGAAAGGGGAAAAGUUGAAUGCGGUAGCGGGGGUUGCGAUGGAGACAGGCUCGUCUAAGGUCUCUGGAUCCAAAUGUCAUCCCCCUUGGAUUCUGUCGUGGUCGGGGACCAGCAGUGUGUGACGGACAGGCAAGCGGAGCCUGUGGCGGCUCUCUACUGCGUGGCUUCAGAUUGGCCCUGGCUGAGCUCUGCAUGGAGCGGCGAGUGAAGGGUGCUGCUAUGGUUUGAUGUCUCAGCAUGGAUGGAGUCAGUCACAGGACUGGCCACAACUAAUGACACCAUCGCUCUUCAGCUGAGGACUAGCAUUUACAGGAUUACUCCCUCUGUUUCUUGCUCUUUUCCCGUCUAACUGCAUCAUUGCCAAAGCCCCUCUAAGGUGGACGUUUUGUGGGGCUAUUUUCUCCUAUUUUUGUGGAUACACAUGCCAUUGCCUUUGUGAUUCUUUUAAAAUUUCUUUUUAUAUUGGUUUCUUUUUUCCUGUUUUGUUUUUUCUUUCCACUAUGGAGUUUCUGACUGGACCCUGGAAUAAGGAUUGGGCUUCAUUCUUGCAGUUUUGGUUGACUGUCAUCCUAAGUCUCCAAAUGCAAUUCAGCCUUGGAGCCCCUUGCCCGGAGGAGUGUCGUUGUGACAAAAUGUUUGUAUACUGCAAUGAACGCAGCCUGACAUCAGUGCCUCUGGGAAUAGGUGAGGGCUACAAGGUCCUUUACCUACACAACAACCAGAUCAACAAUGCUGGCUUCCCUGUGGAACUUCACAAUCUGGCUUCCGUGGAGACUGUGUAUCUCUACGGCAACCAGCUGGACGAAUUCCCUAUCAAUCUGCCCAAAAAUACCAGGGUCCUGCAUCUGCAGGAAAACAACAUCCAAACCAUCUCCAGAGCAGCCCUGGCCCAGCUGGCUAAACUAGAGGAGCUACACCUUGAUGAUAACUCCAUCUCCACUGUAGGGGUGGAGGAAGGAGCCUUUAGGGAGGCACUAAGCCUCAAACUCCUCUUCCUCACCAAGAACCACUUAAGCAGUGUUCCCAUUGGCCUUCCUGAGGACCUGAAGGAGCUACGGUUGGAUGAGAACCGUAUCGCUGUCAUAGCAGAGGAGGCCUUUCAGAAUGUGACCCGCCUGCAGCGCCUCCUGCUGGAUGGUAACCUACUGACAGAUGAGGGCAUCGCACCAGGGACCUUCCAAGACUUGGCCAACCUCCGUGAGUUGGCCCUGGCUCGCAAUUCUCUCACCUUCCCCCCUCCCCUCCUACCCAGCCAGUCACUUGCCAAACUCAGCCUGCAGGAGAACCAGAUUGACCAGAUCCCUGUGGCGGCCUUUGCUGAUUUAAACAGGCUCGAAAAACUGGAUAUCUCCAGCAACCAGCUUCAGACUCUUACACAGGGUGUGUUUGACAGCCUGUCAAGCCUGAGGCAGCUCAUGGUGCGAAACAACCCAUGGCGCUGUGACUGCGCUGUGAAGUGGGUGGUGGUGUGGCUCAAGUCUUUGCCUUCUAAUAUCAAUGCCAGAGGGUUUGUGUGUUCUAGUCCAGAGAAUGUGCGAGGCAUGACAAUCAGAGAGCUCACUCUGGAUAUUAUUGAGUGCCCCAUUUAUCCCGAUCAGCCACCCUGGCCCACCCUUCGUUCCACCCCCCCUCCCCCACCCACCACCACCCCUGUCACCACCAUGAAUUCCCCCCUCAUCACCACAUCCAUCCCUUACUUCUUAGACUCCCCUUCCCCUCCUUUACCUCCAAUCCAUAACAACCCCCCAGGGCCUCUGCCCCCUUAUGAGGACCCCCUUCGGAUGUCCUUCCACGUGGUCAACUCCACCAACAUUGAUGUGAGCUGGGAAUCUUAUUUUACUGUUGCAGCCUACAAAGUCACUUGGGUCAAAAGAGGCCAAAGCCAAAUAAACGAAGGAAUGCGGGAGAGGACGGUGCGUGGGGACCAGCGGCAUUUCAGCCUCACCAACCUGGAGCCCCGCUCUGAGUAUCGGAUCUGUGUUCACGUUCUGGACACGCUUAACUCUUUCAGGCCUGGAGAGGAUACUGUAUGCUCUGAGGCCAGGACCAAGCCCUCUGCUUCUAGUAAGCUUCCUGGCAAGGAUCAACCUCCCGAGGACAGCAUCAACUCCACGCUGCUAAUGGCUGGGAUCAUAGGCGGUGCUGUUCUUAUCAUCCUGGUGACGUUGCUCGGUGUGUUCUGCUGGCACAUGCACAGGAAGAGCCGGUCGUCUUCGACCAAGUGGAAAUACAACCGCGGCAGGAGAAAAGACGACUACUGCGAGGCUGGAACCAAGAAGGAUAACUCAAUUCUGGAGAUGACUGAGACCAGUUUCCAGAUAGUGGCGCUGAACAAUGAGCAGCUGCUCAAGGGCGAUUUCCGCAUUCAGCCCAUCUACACGCCCAAUGGGGGCAUUGGAUAUAAAGACUGUCACCUCAGUAACAGCAUAGCCUACUGCAAGAGCAGCAACGUGCCCAGUACAGAGUUCUGCCACACGUGAUGCAGCAGUAUUGCUGCUCAGACAGACACACAUAACAGAAACUAUUGCAAAAACGCACACACACAUACAUACACUAUUUGUGUAGACAACAAAAAGUAUAAGAAUUCUAGUGAAAUAUAACUGUACUAUAUAUAUUUCCAAGUUCUGUCUACAAUGUAAUUUAUACUGUGGAUAAUAAUGUGGGAUUCUCUGCUAUCUUUUUUAUUCUUAGAAAAAGAGAUACAAGUGUGUGUUUUUUUUUUUUUAUAACCAGCAGGGUUUUGAAAGUUGUUUUAAUGGUCAGUACUGUACAUGAACAUGGAUUUGUACAAUCAUGGCACUCUGGGUGUAGCUUCUGAUGAAUAUACUGUCAGCCUUGGGAAGGUUAGGGGCACUUUAGAGGGCUGGGAUCCUUUGCUAACCACAGAAACAAAAUAUGGCCUUCUCUGGUUUUGAAACUCUGCGCACACACAUAUAUAAACCCACCCCCCCUUCCUCCCCGGUACAACAGAACAGCGGUAAAAGACAACACAGUGCAGGGGAAAUCCAAACACUGCUGAUUAGAGCGUUGUGGAAAUACAGCACUGGUUGUUGUAAAAAGAAUUGAAGUGCACUUUCUUAUUAAUGGUAGCGAAGCAGGAAAUGAGCAAGAGGUGGUGAUCACAUGAAGGGGAUUGUGGAUAAUUUUGCUGUGAGAAUGUCAUCAGUGCUGUUGAAAGCCCCGGACUGAGAUUUCCCAAAAGUGCCGUAACGCUAAAAGCAUCUUUGUUCUAUUAGUUUACAGUGAAAUGAAGGUGGGAUUAGUCAAGAGACGCUUUUGGAAAACUCUGGAAAAGGAUGUGCGGUUUUCAGCAAAAAUAAUUAAUGUGGGCUUAAAAGCAACAAAGGAUUAUUGUCUUUAAUGAGGUGCACACAUGUGCUGAGACUUGCAGAUCCCCUUUGAAGAAAUCUUGUAAAUUGCUCUGCUUCUGCUUUUUCCCCCCUCCUGUUUUGGCCACAAGAGGGCAUUUUUUCCCUCAGCAAUGUGUGUGGGGCAGAGGAAGAGAGGGCAGAAAGAUCACUCUACCUCCACUGUUUCCCUGGAGCCCAUUACCCAGACAACAUUACUCAUGCUCAAAAGGCAUUGUGCAGAAUAUUCAUGCUCAUCGAGCUACUUAAUGAUGUGGAAGCAUUUAAAACUAACUGUUUGGUGGCUGAAUGUUAUGGAUUUUCAACACUUUUGUCUGCUAAGGGAUGAAAAUCCUUCUUAUGAUGAUGGAUUUUGAGAUGGCUCACACAUAUCGCUAAUUAUAAACCCACAUUUUUCAACUGAGUCCUGGCAUUCAUUAGACUUAAUGAUAAAUUAUCAAAUUAAAAUGAUGUGCUCGCACUCCGCCCAUGCUCAUACACAGUGCUGCUAUCGCUCUGUCAUUCAUCUUUUGUGUUCACUAUUUCAUUUACCGUUUGCUCAUCUCGAACGCCACACCUGCUCACUUCACAGCAGCAGUUGCUGCAAGGAUGUCCACCCUCCUUUCUAUCCCUGCCUGUGUCCGAGUCUGACUCCACACUCUGAUCCCUGCAUGGGCUCAAUUAAAAUCGUUUUCCUGCCCUUCAGCUGGCAGGCUGAGAUGGCAGCUCUUUGCAUGUGAGAGGUCUUCAUUAUACACUUCUUAAGACUUUAUUUGAACUCACAAGAUUUUAUUUUGAGGGGGCCAACCUCCAAGAAUCCCCCUUUGUUUCCCUCCCCUUUCUCAUAAUCCUCAACCAAAAAAGGGAGAAAAAUAUGUAGACUUUAUUUUCACUUGGCUGCAUGAAGCUCGCACUGGAAGAUGGUCGUUAACUCUUUGUGAGUCGCAUGGAUUCAGCUGCUUGAACAUACUGUGCAAACUAGGCAGAACAUUCAAAGUCAAAUAAUUUCCAAGGGCUUGUACUCCACAUGUUCCAGAGUGUCGAGAUUAUCUCUGAGAAGAUUUACCUCAGCAGUGGGAGUAUCUCAAAAGUAGCUGCACUUACUGUAAUUCCAGCAAUAGCUCAGAUCCUAAUCUCGCUCGAUUUGAAACAUCCCAGCCCCAGUGCUCAACAUUUUAUCAAACAACAAUAAACACAAUAUAGUGAUAAAAUCAUCUGUCUAAUCAUACAAUUUAGCAAAAUUCUGUUUUCUGCUUCAGCAUUUUUUUCUUUGCAGAAGCAAAAAAGAUAUUUUGAAUGAAAAAUAUGUAUUAUUGAGUAAAUAUUUAAAGCAGCUAAUUUUAACUAGGAACGCUGCUGCAUGUAUGCUAAAAACUAAGCUAGCUUAAUUUAAAGGCUUGAAACAGACCAGGAACUCCAUUUCAAAUCCUGUUGUGGACUCUUAAAAGUUAAUUAACCAUGCCUAAAUGAAAACCUAAAUGGAAAUGUAAUAUCAAUCUAUUAAUAUUAAAUUAAUAGAUUUUCAAGCAUUAGCUAAGAAUUUUGACUGUGCAGUUAAAAUAAAAGCUAGCUUACUGUAGCUUGAAGGGUUGAUUCAUGAAAACAACCAGAUUUAAAUUCUGCGGGCUUAUAAAAGUAGAUCAAACAUGUCUAAUUAAAAAUCCUAAAUGAAAAGAAACAAAAGUUGCUGCCUGUAAAAGUAAAAUUAACCCAGGGUAGUUUGAAGGCUAGUAAGAGGCAAGCAACUAGACUUCAUUUCCUGCUGCCUAAUCUUAAAAAUUAAUCAAGCUUGUGAAACUUUGAGUAAAGAGGGUUAAGCUUAAUUGGACAGAGCUAGCUUUGCCUUUGCCCUUUUUAUUUUAAGCUAUGCUAACCAGCUGAUAAAUGUAACUUCAUAUUUACAAUUCAGACAUGAGUGGUUUCAGUCUUUUUAUUUAUUUAUUUUUUUUUUGUUUUUUUGUUUGUUUUUUGUUUGUUGGUUUAAUUUUUCAAAUAAAAAACAAAAACAUCAAUUUCAAUACCCCAGAAAAAUACCUUACAUCAGUGACAGAGACAUAUUUAGAGGUUUUAAAUAUGUAAAGUUUCUGUGGUUAUCAAAGCAUCUCCACAUUUUAUUUCAACCUUAUUCUACUAAUGUCUACAUAUCAGCUCGCCCAACAUACUCUGUCCAUCGAGACACACCGGGCUGACAUGACCGGCGCUAGGAUCUGCCCUGCUGACAACUUAACCAACAAUUCUCCAUGUUUGCUUCGCUACAUGCUGCACCAGCCGGACAUAAUUCCACACAGUAAGACUUUAACGUGAACAACUGAUACUGUUUAGACCAUCCUGUUUUUUUUUUUUUGUUUGUUUUGUUUUGUUUUCUGGUGUUUUUUUUGUUUUUUUGUUUUUUUUAGAUGAAAACCCCAUUUAAAGUCAUAUGCUGACCAAACCGUUGCAACAUAUACUAUCUCCCCUGUUAAUGAAUGUCUAACAGCCUAGAUAUUUGCCUUAAAUUUUGUGCAGGACUGAAUGAUUAGCUAAAGAGUAAAGCAGAAGGAAGAAAAGAUGAGACUUUGAGAGAUGGCAACAAGAUUUCUGAACAGAAAGCACAUUUCUCAACAAAAGCAGCAUUAACAGGCAGAACAAACGCUUAAGCAUGACGCGCGGUAGCUAACAAGAGACUGUUGAUCCACAGUGCCAGAAAUUAACUGGCGCAUGGCUAAUGAUUCAACCAGACUGGGAAGGAGCUGUGGUGGUUGUUUCACAGCUUACAUUACUCUUAAUUUUUAUGAAAGAAAGUGGCUGCAGUACUGUGACAAAUGGGAUUAGACAAAACAACUGCAAGCAUUGGUUUUAUUACUGUUUCAGGGUUUCAAGAAGCUCAAUGGUUCACAUUGAAGUAAUUCUGUUUGAUCACUGAGGUCAUUUCAGCCAGAACACAUUGAACAGGAUGGGUUUAAAGUCACCUUUUACUCCUACAGGCAAAGCAUUUCCUGAAAUUAACUAUUAGCCAGUGAUAUUCAUUCAAGAAUUUUUGCAUGUACUGUAUUUAUCUUCAUAGCCUUUUGUUUUUCUUUUUGUUUUUUUCUUUUUUUUUUUCUUUACCACACCUGGCUUUGGACUCUCCUCAUCUUUUUCUCUAACGGUCACCCAGAGGUGGUUGAGAUGCAGCGUGAGCAAGCAUACGCAAAGGUUUUCAUGUGGUUUGUAGAGGAAGUAGGCUGGAAAUUUACAGUGCAUGUAAAAUGGCGAUGCUGGGACACUGGCUUUUUAUUUAGACACUGCAGUGUUACAUUAGCCAUCCACACUGAGAUGUUUUCUUAGGAACCAAAGUUGAAAUUUCUGUUCUCAUGAUGAAAUGUUAAUGUUGUUCCAUGUAUGUGCCUUGAGGUUGAACUUACAAUGUAAAGUCCUUGAAACCUUUAAAUGUUUUUGCACAAACUGUAAAUACUUAAGUGAAGCUUUUUGAAAAUAAAAGAGCCAUUGGAUUUGA